UUAAACCCGUGCAAAAGAUGGCCGAUGGGCAAGUGCAUGAUGAAUUGAUGAUGGAUCAGCAACAACAGCAAGGAGUGGUUCCUCAACAAGGUGAUAUUCACCUAUCGCCGAUCGACAAGGAUCUCGGAGAUGCGGCGUUAGAAAAUAAUGUGCGGCAGUAUCAUCUCGAUGGAGUGGUCGUCAGUGAAGGGAUGAAACGAAUGAUAAUCGACCUGCAACGUCAUUGGCUCAGUGAGUAUCACGCGUCACGUGAGAAGUGUCUUGUAGAGCUUACCGAGAAGUUGCAUCAAGAAUUCAUGAUGGAUCAACAGAAAAUUCGAUCGGAACUCUUACAACAGUUCAAAGACGAGUUGGAACAGACAAGAGCCGAUCUAGAAAACAAACACAGAGAGAACUUGAAGAUGGAAAGUGCAAAGUUGAAUGAAAAGCAUAAAAGAGAGUUGGUUGCAUCAAGAAAGAAACAAUGGUGCUGGUCGUGUGAUAAUGAGGCUAUAUACCAUUGCUGCUGGAAUACCGCAUAUUGCAGUGUUGAAUGCCAACAGGGACAUUGGCAGACUCAUCGAAAGUUUUGCCGCAGAAAGAAAGGAAACAAUGCUCCUGGAGCACCAAGUGUACCAGCUCCUCAACAAGUCGGAGCACCAAUGCCGCCACAACAACAAUAAUUUUCUUUCGUUUUAACUCUCUAAUCAUCAUUAUCAUCAAUCUCACGUCAGAACACGAAACUGAAUAAAUUUCAACCACCCACCACCGCACAAAUGCGACGCUGAUCUCACCCACCACGUCUAUUUAUAUUCCAAAUCCUAAUGAGUUUCUGUUAUUCUUCAUCUUUAUCAAUUUGUCGAACUUUCUAUGUUUUCCUUGUUCAAUAAAAAAUUUAAUUAAAUUG